AUGAGUUCGAAAUCAUCUCUCUUCUUUCACAGGCGUAGCCAGAAUUCACCAAGGCUCCUUGCACAACCAUCCUCCACAGACCUGUGGGAACAUGCCCUUGCGCUAUAUGUGAAGGACUUGGACCCGUUGAAACAGCAACAAUUCCAGGCCCCGACGACGGUUGAGGAGUGUUUGGAGGGUAUAGUUCUUAAUGGGCAAAAGCGGAGAUCGUUUACGCGUAUUCUUGAGUUUCUGAGACCGUUGGUUGAUCCGUUGAAACGCUUUGAGGGUGCGAUUGAUGUUGUCGUACAAGUUAACGCCGGCAUCGCGUCGCCCAUUUGGGGUCCGCUUCGUGUCGCAAUCACGAUAGCUAGCCAGCAUCUCGCAACCCUAGAAACACUGGUUAUCAUUGUGGACAAGAUCGCCCACUCUGUACAACGCUAUGAGAAUCUAAAAACCCUUUUCGCCGAACACGAUGGUGUACGCGAUGCUAUCGGACGUCUCUAUUGUGAAUUACUACGUCUUUGUGCUUGCGUCUCAAAAUAUGAAACGAGUCGCAUUCGGUAUAUUUCGAAUCCAUUUGGGAAGGAGUUUGACGCUGUUUCGACGGCAAUUGAUCAGCGUGCGCUAAAUGUUGAUCGUGCGGCGCAGGCUGCGCAUUUCCAGGAAUCGAAGGAUGCGAGGGAGAUGUUGUUGGCUGAGACACAAGAACAGGAUGUGCGUCGGAUACAGUGUUGGUUGGCACCGGCUUGUGUUGAGGAUGAUCUUCAGCGACGGGUUUCAGAGUACCUCCAGGGCUCUGGGGACUGGAUUUUGCAAGCGGAGGGGUUUAAAAAGUGGUAUACCUCAGCAUGGGGUGAUUCAUCCACGGGGACGGACGGCUCGCCUACGGACGUAGCAUCCCAUUCCAUGCUUCAAGUAAUUGGAAGACCUGGAAGUGGAAAGAGUAUACUAGCAGCUUACUUGGUGAACCAUCUAUCCCAGUCCGGAAGAGUUGUGUACUUCUUCUUCAACAAGCAAGAUUCUGAACGAAACAUGAUGAUCCAUGCUGCAAGAACUACUAUCGCACAACUACUCAACCUCUAUCCAGAUAUUACAGAAAUUAUCAUGCCUGUGUACAAGCAAAGCGGGCGCGUGGUCGCAGACUCUCUGACGGACGUGAUGAAAAUGCUGAAACAAGUACUGGAUCAACUUUCCUCUCGAGCAGAUGGUCAAUCCCAUUGCAUUGUCCUUGAUGGUAUCGACGAAUGUGAAGAUUGGGUUGCGUCGAACAGUCAUCUUCUUGGAAGUCUCCCCAACAAUGGAUCUGUCAAGAUAGUUCUUUUUUCACGAGUCGCAUUGGCUUCGUUAUCCUCGGAUGUACCGUCGGAUCCCUUGAUAGUAACCAUGGAGUCGAACCAGAAUGUGGAAAUACGAGCGUACGCCGAAGGCCGGAUUCGGAAGAUGGUUCACCUCGCAACUACCGAUCUCGGGCUCCGGGUUGUGAGCAAGACCACCGAGCAGGCUGAUGGCCUUUGGUUAUACGCGCGACUUGUCCUGGACGAGAUAGAGCGUGCUCCAAGCCGUGAGGUUGUUGAAUCAAGUCUUGAUUCUCUUCCAUCGGGCUUGGAAGAACUCUAUAAUCAUAUCCUGUGCACAAAAGAGGCCAAAAUGUCCGAUGCUGAGAAACUCUUUGCUCGAUACCUGUUUCUGUGCGCAGAUAUUAGCAACUAUAUGCCCGAUUUCCUUGCUCAAACGACGGAUAGUAUUCAACAGGGCAUGCUGGAUCUGGUAUUCCGGUUCGCCAAUGGAGGGAACAUGCCGUUUGAUGUGCCGAAAUUGGCAGAGAAGCUCGGCGCGCCUUUGAUCGAAGUGUUGCGUCCGACAGAACACACGUAUGAAUUGAGAUUUGUCCAUCUAUCCGUCUAUCAGUAUCUCGCAGACUCUACCGGGCCGGCCAAAAACGGGAGAAUCCCAGAGCUGAUACAGACUCGGCAGGUGCGAGGACUUCACAGAGGCGCUGUGGCUGUGUGGUACUUUACGAAAUGUCUAGACUCAGAACUGCAUUUACACGCCCUUCAGAGCGAUUACUCAGAGCCAAGCCCCGACCACUGGUCUGAAUGCUACUUCCCAAUGGCAUACUGUUUAUGGGAUGCCCUGAAGAUACGAGAGUCCCAUCUGCAGCAUCUCCCAACACCCUUACUCGAAGAGGCAGAGAACACACUGGAUACACUGACUGCUUUCUUGCGCACUCAGCUUUGUCUCCGGUGGUUCGAACUUUCCACUAUAAUCAACUAUGCCGGGGAUUUCCCACAAUUACUCGAUAGAGUCAGCGAAGCAUUUGAGAUUGCUCGAUCUGAACAGAACAACAGUCGGGGCUUAAGGGCAUACGAUCGUUUCAAUAGGGCACGUCUGAGUUUCCUUGGUGAUUGGCAGCUCAUCGUGCUACAGACUACUCCAUGGAAGGUACCCAUUGGAAAGUCAACGUGCCAUUUUCAGGAUAUAGACUGUCCUGGAUUUCUCAAUGAUGUACCAGGGCAGAUUAUGUUGCAUACUGCCGAGCGAUGGAGUGCAAAGUUUAUGAUGUUCAGUAAGGCUCAGGGAUAUGGGAAAGCACCGCAUGAUAGGAUGUCGGAGAAGGAGGUGACCUUGAAGAUAUAA